UGCCAGCACAACUUUUUGAAACAUAAAUAUUUAAUGCUGUUUUGCAACUCUAACAUUUAAUAAAUGUUUACACACAUAUUACAGAGCUAACGUAAAUGACGAGUAAAUAUUUAACAUAAGUUAACAACGCGUCACGUGACAAGCUGCUAUUCUUCUUCAGAGACUCCACUGCAGCUAGCUUACUUUCUUGCUAGAGACCGCUAGCCCAGCGGGGAAAACGUGGAAAGGGGCUAAAUAGUCUGCUUUUGCGUUAAUUAUGAAAUGCAGGCGGCUGCGAUGGAUCCUGCAGACGAGCCCCCCUCCAUGCUGUGGGGACUGGACCCGAUCUUUUCUGCCUUCGCCAGACUGUAUAUCAGAGACAUCCUGCAGAUGACGGAGUCCAUACAGGUGCCAGGUGUUUACUUCUACAACUCACAUCCAAUCUACAAAGUUGAUGUACUGGGGACAGUGGUUUACAAGAGAGAAAGAGAAGACUUCUUCUGUUAUGGAGUGGAUGAUGGUACUGGUGUUAUAAACUGCAUGUGCUGGAAAAGUGACCUGUUGAAAGAGAAGGAGGAUCCUGGUAAAUCUGCGGGGAAGCACAGUGAUGCAGCUUUGGGAGGCUUCAACCCAGUUGCUGAGCUGAAGAAGCUGAGGCAGGCCCAACAAAACCGCUGCCACCUGGAGAUUGGAGAGCUGAUCAGAGUUAGAGGACUGGUCAAGACGUCCAGGCAGCAGAGAGAAAUCAAGGCCUCCACCUACUAUAAGGUGAAUGACCCAGUGAUGGCGACCCAGAUAGCGUGGAUGAUGGAGGUUCCCCAGCUCUACAGACAGUGCUAUGACAAACCAUUCCAGCUGCAACAUGAUGCAACUGGUGACACAGCCGUCAGUUCCCUCAGCAAGGCGACAAAUAUCAUCAAGGAUUUCAUCAAGCAGAGGUCAGUGAGCAGGUUCAGACCCUACGAUGUUCAGGACCUCCUGCAGCCUCUGGUCUCCGGCCAGCCUCAGACAUCGUCUGCUGACCAGGAGCCUGUGGCAGGUCCAUCUGCCUGCCAGCAGCUACGCCAGCUUCUGAAGGAAACCCUGGGAAUUUUACAGGAUGAGGGUAUCAUAUACCGCAAGGUCAAGUCUCAGGAUGAAGUCUACCAUGUGACUGCACAGGACAAAGAUCUACUCAUAGCUGUAAAAGACAUAAUCAGGGAAGACUCAAAGAGAGAGAAAUAUGCAGAGAAGGGUUGCCACAUCCUGCACAUCCUGUCUGCAGUCAGGCAGCGGUACAGCCUCAAUGUGAGCCGAGCAGCUCUGGAGCUCAUCCUCAAAUCCCUGGAGUGCAACAGUGAUGUCAUCAGCACCAGUGAAAACCAUUACACUAUGUUUUAACACGAGUACAGUGGGGGUACAUACAGUACCAUUAGUAGCAAUGGAUAAUUGCUCCAGAAUGAGAGCGACCGAUUUGAUUGAGUAAAUCAUGCAGUUUAUAAUCUUGUGUUCAUCAUGAGCCUCAGACCUGGGUCCACAUUUGGUUGGAUUUUAUAUUGCUACUGCAUGUAAAUGUGCUAAUGUUGUGACCACCUUUGAAAAUAUUUAUAAUAGUUUGAUGACUUUU